CCGUGUCGCCGCCGCAGAACAAACCGUCACCGUGUCACUAACUGGCGAGUCGGUCGGUCGGUCGGUCGGUCGGUCGGUCGGUCGGUCGGCGUGCAGGUGCCUCCGGUGUUCUCCUCUCAUCUCGUCCAGCUCUGAAGAUUCUUUCGGGGUCACGCCAGGAUCAGAUGCAGGCGGCGAGUGCGGAUUGGCGGGCGCCAGAGCCCGAUCUGGGAAACCAGGGCAUUCCCGCAGACCUCGGGAGAAGCGCCCGAAACGCCGGGGCUGUUGAGACGUUUGCCCAGAAUAUGGCAGAGAACGUAUUCCUGUCAUCUAUGAGCCAGCUGGAAGUGGACCCGGAGGUGUCCGGUUCUGAUCCAGACCAGCAGAUAUUAGCUGGAGAGUUAGCGUCAGCAGUGAUUGAGAUUGCUCUGAGGGAAGUGAGCGGCCGGGGUUCCCCGAGUUCAAGAUCCGCCGGGGCGAAGACGGACGACGGACAGGCUGAAGAACUGGACGGAUCUGGACCAGGGGGAGGCUUUUUGAGCGUGGACACAGAGAUGGAUCCAGUUCAAGAACUCCAGACGUUCAAAGACCUCCACCUGCACCAGCCGCCGCUGUACCAGUCCGGGCUGCCCGUCGUGGGAUCCCUCGACUACCCCGACGCCCCUCCGACCACGCCCCUCCUCCCCGAGCUCGAGAGGAGCCGACACAGCUUCGCCCGGAAGCUGAAGGGCGGCCUGGCGAAGGUCUUCCUGCCCUCGCCUCCUCCGCCAACCCCAAAGGAGGCGGAGGACGGCGCUGGCCCCGUCGGCGGCCCACGGGCGGAGUUAAUGGAGCAUCUGAUGGACUCGCUGUCCGCAGAUGAUUUGGCGAGACGCUGCUUUGAAGUCGGAGCCAAGGUGGAGGCUUUCGCAGAGGCUCUUUCAUGUUACAUCAUAGACCGGGUCCUAAGUGCCAGCAGCGGAGAGCAGAGAGCAGAUGAUGAGGAUCUUCAUCUACUCGCCCACCGACUGGCCGGAUCCAUCAUCACCUCCUCCCUUGAUGAAGCUGAAAUAUCUGUCUAGAGGUUUUCACGGUGAUUCAUGUGGUCGUACUCCAGACGACUGGCGUGUGGACUCGACACGCUCGCACCACAUGUUACCUUGGUGUUGUUCGCGGCAAUAACUAUCGUAAUCUCUGAAUUUAUGCCUCAAUUAAAUUCUGAUUAGGAGGUUAGUCCUGAAAUAUUUUUGUUUUUUGCAAAAGGUGAACAAACUGUAUGUCGUAUGGCUAUUUUUUUUUUUAAGUACAGUAGUUACCGUACAUGUCCUUGAGAUGGCAGCACAAGAGCAUAUUCAACAUGAGGUCAACAUUCUUCACCUUUUUAAGAACCUGACAACAACUGGAAUUCAUUACUUUGCUUCUUUUUUUUAAAAAAGUUUUUGCUAUAAAUAUUCAUCUCAUAUUA